UGACAAGGCGGAAGAAGGCUUCAAGUGACUGGCAGCUACUUGGUCCAACCUUCAAAAGAAGCCGGCUCUUCUUUCCACGCUUAUUUUUGUUAAGUAUAUUUGUUGCGGGGAUUUAUAUGCUAUAUAUACAUAUAUGGCUGCCAAAGGGAUGAACCUGUGCAGGGUGUGCUGCUUGAUCCUCUGGGCUAUCACGGCGGUGUUCGCCGGGCGAGACUUUUACAAUAUUUUGGGUGUGAGCAAGAGCGCGUCGAUCAGGGACAUCAAGAAAGCGUACCGGAAGCUAGCUCUCCAGUUACACCCCGACAGGAACCAAGACGACCCCAAAGCUCAAGAUAAAUUCGCCGACUUGGGUGCAGCUUAUGAGGUUCUGUCAGACGAAGAGAAGAGGAAACAGUAUGAUGCGUAUGGCGAGGACGGUCUGAAGGAAGGACACCACAGCUCACACAAUGACAUCUUCUCCAGUUUCUUCGGCGACUUCGGCUUCAUGUUCGGCGGCAACCGGCAACAACAAGACCGAAACAUCCCCAGAGGGAAUGACAUCAUCCUCGACCUGGAGGUCACGCUGGAAGAGGUCUACUCAGGGAACUUUGUGGAGGUGGUGCGUAACAAGCCCAUAGCCAAAGAAGCUCCUGGCAAGAGGAAGUGCAACUGUCGACAGGAAAUGAGGACCACGCAGCUCGGACCGGGUCGCUUCCAGAUGACCCAGGAGAUGGUGUGUGACGAGUGUCCCAAUGUGAAGCUGGUGAACGAGGAGAGAACCUUGGAGGUGGAAAUCGAACAAGGGGUGAGAGAUGAGAUGGAGUACCCAUUCAUCGGAGAAGGAGAACCUCACGUCGACGGAGAACCUGGAGAUCUGCGCUUCCGCAUCAAAGUGCUAAAACACCGAGUGUUUGAACGUAGAGGAGAUGACCUCUACACCAACGUCACCAUCUCCCUGGUGGAGGCCAUGGUGGGCUUCGAGAUGGACAUUGUCCACUUGGAUGGACACAAGGUGCAUAUCAUGCGAGACAAGGUGACCAAGCCCGGUGCCAGGAUGUGGAAGAAAGGCGAGGGCCUGCCCAACUUCGACAACAUCAACAUCCGAGGCUCCCUCAUCAUCACCUUUGACGUGGAGUUCCCUCAGACGCAGCUGGACGAGAAGCAGAAAAAGGGUAUACGAGAUCUCCUGAAGCAAGGCUCUGUACAGAAGGUGUACAAUGGACUCCAAGGAUACUAGCAUCUCUGGUAGUGCUGCUCCCCACUGACUUGUACAAGAAACGACACAAAGGAGGACCGGCGUCAUCUCUCCAGGCCACAUUCUAUUUAUGCUUUUCAAACUCAGGAUAACUUGGAUCCUUUUGUUUUUUAUAUAUUUUUUUCUUUUUUUAAAACCACAUCCUUUUGAAAGUUAAAGGUUCCAUAAAUAGGCUUGAAUGAGAGAAAUGCUGAUUUGGUCGUCCAUCGCCACACCACACAAAAAUGUCUAAAUGAAGUCAAAAAUAUCAAUACUACAGUAGCAUCAAAGGUGCUGUUCAGCCUCAGGCAGCAUUACUAUUGGAUUAAACAGUUCAUGUCUAGAGGGAAAAAAGGUUGUACACAUGUAGCUAUGAAAAUAUUUCAUUUAUAAUUACUAAUUCCAGAGAUUUACCGCAUUUUUCGGAGUAUAAGUCGCUCCGGAGUAUAAGUCGCACCGGCCGAAAAUGCACAAUAAAGAAGGAAAAAAACAUAAGUCGCACUGGAGUAUAAGUCGCAUUUUUUGGGGGAAAAUUUAUUUGAUAAAAGCCAACACCAAGAAUAGACAUUUGAAAAGCAAUUUAAAAUAAAUAAAUAAUAGUGAACAACAGGCUGAAUAAGUGUACGUUAUAUGAGGCAUAAAUAACCAACUGAGAAGGUGCCUGGUAUGUUAACGUAACAUAUUAUGGUAAGAGUCAUUCAAAUAACUAUAACAUAUAGAACAUGCUAUACGUUUACCAAACAAUCUGUCACUCCUAAUCGCUAAAUCCCAUGAAAUCUUAUACGUCUAGUCUCUUACGUGAAUGAGAUAAAUAAUGUUAUUUGUGUUAAUAAUUUCACACAUAAGUCGCUCCUGAGUAUAAGUCGCACCCCCCGGCCAAACUAUGAAAAAAACUUGCGACUUAAAGUCCGAAAAAUACGGUAUUUGCCACAGUCAGGCCCAGAACCAAUUGACAGCAAUAAAGGAUGGUUUACCGUAAGUGAACUGAGUCGAGGGAUAUUUAAUAAUAAUUAAUGUCGCCCCCUGUUGGCUGUCAAUUACAAUGCAGGUUUUAGAGCACAGGUGUCAAACUCAAGGCCUGGGGGCCAGUAUUGGCCCGCCACAUCAUUAUAUGUGGCCUGGGAAAAGUGUGUUAAUAAAAUACUUCAUUUUUUUUUUACUAAAUGAAUAUACUUAUUUCGGUUUUGACAGGAAAAAAUGCGUACCGUACUUUUCGGAGUAUAAGUCGCUCCGGAGUAUAAGUCGCACCGGCCGAAAAUGCAUAAUAAAGAAGGGAAAAAACAUAUAUAAGUCGCACUGGAGUAUAAGUCGCAUUUUUUGGGGGGAAUUUAUUUGAUAAAAGCCAACACCAAGAAUAGACAUUUGAAAGGCAAUAUAAAAUAAAUAAAGAAUAGUGAACAACAGGCUGAAUAAGUGUACGUUAUAUGAGGCAUAAAUAACCAACUGAGAACGUGCCUGGUAUGUUAACGUAACAUAUUAUAUUAGUUAUAAAUAACUAUAACAUAUAGAACAUGCUAUACGUUUACCAAACAAUCUGUCACUCCUAAUCGCUAAAUCCCAUGAAAUCUUAUAAGUCUAGUCUCUUACGUGAAUGAGCUAAAUAAUAAUAUUUGAUAAUAUGUGUUAAUCAUUUCACACAUAAGUCGCUCCUGAGUAUAAGUCGCACCCCCGGCCAAACUAUGAAGAAAAACUGCGACUUAUAGUCGGAAAAAUACGGUAUUUGCCACAGUCAGGCCCAGAACCAAUUGACAGCAAUAAAGGAUGGUUUACCGUAAAUGGACAGAGUCGAGGGAUAUUUAAUAAUAAUUAAUGUCGCCCCCUGUUGGCUGUCAAUUAGAAUGCAGGUUUUAAAGCACAGGUAUCAAACUCAAGGCCUGGGGGCCAGUAUUGGCCCGCCACAUCAUUAUAUGUGGCCUGGGAAAAGUGUGUUAAUAAAAUACUUUUUUUUUUUUUUUACUAAAUGAAAAUACUUAUUACGAUUUUGACAGGAAAAAAUGCGUAUCUUUUAAAUGUUAUCUAAUGCCAAAUAUUACAUAUAGUGCAGUGGUUCUUAACCUUGUUGGAGGUACCGAACCCCAGCAGUUUCAUAUGCACAUUCACCGAACCCUUCUAUAGUGAAAAAUAAAAUGGUUUUUUUUCAAAUUCAAGACAAAGUUAUAUGUUUUUGGUAACACUUUAGUAUGGGGAACAUAUUCUAAGUAACAAAGACUUAAUUUAGAGUUAUUUGGUUAGGGUUAGAGGGUUAGGGUUAUAAUAAGGCCAUGCCGAAUAAGGCAUUAAUAAGUACUUAAUAAUGACUAGUUAAGAGCCAAUAUGUUACUAAUUUGCAUGUUAAUAAGCAACUAAUUAAUGGUGAAUAUGUUCCCCAUACUAAAGUGUUACCGUGUUUUAUUACUGGUGCAUAAAAUGAAGCGUGCAUGAACAUCACCUUGUUCAAACAACAAAACCAACACAGUGCAUAAACUCACAACAAAUGACACACCUGCAAAUCAGUCUGACUUCUGCUGUUGCCGUAUCCGUAAUACGCCGAUAGGGAGAAGUUUUUAUUUACACGAUGAGUCGGGUGUGUCUUGACGUCCGCCAAACCCCUGAGCCUGACUCACUGAACCCCUAGGGUUCCAUCGAACCCAGGUUGUGUAUUACAAAAAUAUGUUAGUAAAGAUAAAAAUAAACAGUUGAAUAUUUGCUUGUCACCUUUUAUGUAUGAUUUGUACGUGAAACAAUCUAAUAAGUGCAUAGGCAAUAAUGUAAUAUGAGGUGAUAACUGGUACACAUUCAUAUCCAUCCAUUUUCUACCGCUUGUCCCUUUUUGGGGUGGCGGGGGGUGCUGGAGCCUAUCAGCUGCAUUCGGGCGGAAGGCAGGGUGCACCCUGGACAAGUCGCCACCUCAUCACAGGGCCAACAUAGACAAUAUUCAGACUCACAUUCACACACUAGGGCCAAUUUAGUGUUGCCAAUCAAUCUAUGAUUUAAUCACCGGUGCCGCGUGCAUAAUUUUAAUGAAUAAAAAAGCAUCCCUAUGAAGGCAGCCAUUACUGCGAUGUGGCCCUCGAUGAAAUAAGAGUUUAGAGGCAUUGUCAAGUCCCUGUCGCCAUCUUUGACGUGGUCUUUUGUUGACCGCUAAGAAAUCCACAGUAGAAUACUGUAAUAUAUAAGCACUAACAUGGAAUAUUUCCCUGUUUAAAAUGGCCCUAAUUCUACAGGAGUGUUUUAUUUUGAAGGAAGGCUUUACACUUCCUACAGUGCCUCUUUUUACUGACCCCCUUUUUCUGGUCUUGACAUUAAAUAAAAAGACUUUAAAUAUCAAAUGUUUCCUAAAAAAAAAAAAAGUGCUUUUAGGAUAAAAGUCCCUUCUUUUGUGUCGUAUGUAUAAACGCUGCCCCCUUUGUUUGUAUGACAUUGCAACAGCCAUCAAUGUGAAUCUUGUUUUGUUUUUUUUGGUUUGGAAGGAAAAAUAAAAGAUUUAU